GUUGUGCUGCUUGUCGCAAUGAUCGUCGGCGGCAGCUGCUACCUGCAGCCUACGUCAGUAGAUCUGGAGUUUCCUCAUCCAGUGUCUAGUACCGAUACCUGCGGAACGCCGGCAGAGACAUACUUCGAUCCCGCAGAUGCGACGACCAAGACGUGCGACGCUGCAGAUCCUUCACUCGCUCAUCCAGCAGAAUUCGUUAUCGACAACGACGACGGAACGUGGUGGCAGUCGAAAAAGGGCACUGAUACAGUGCAGCUAGAACUAAAUUUGACUCAGACGUUUGAUAUUGUGUUUCUCUCUUUGGCCUUUGGACAUUCAUAUCAGUCUCGUGGUGUAGCAGUGGAAAAGUCAAUUAACUAUGGUGUUUCCUUUUCACCAAUGGAAUACAUUGUUCUUGAUCCAUCUCGGGACUGUAACGACCUGUUUCAAGUAUCACCCCAAAACAGUUUUGCUGUUAAUGAUGGUCCUGGAACAGUACUCUGCAGAGACACUUUUGGGAAUGAUGGAAGCACAUCUAAUAAUGCUCUACUUGUUCAAUUACUCAGAGAUGUUUUUGGUAAUAAUCGCCCUGGAGUGUCACCAACAGAAGGAAACCAAGCACUACUGGACUUUUCGCAAGCCAAUUAUCUCCGAAUAACUUUCAAAGGAUUUCAGGCAACGGCAGUUGCCUCAAAUGCAGAUUUCUUUACUUUGGCUGAGGUUAAAGUGAGUGCUCGAUGUGUCUGUAAUGGGUAUAGCAGCACUUGCUCAAUAGCAAACGAUGGGAGCUAUACUUGUGCUUGUCAGGGUAACACUUGCGGUUCUAAGUGUGAAGAAUGUUGUCCUUUGUUUAAUCAGCAGCCAUACCAGCCAUCUUUGUCAUCUGCACAAAUUGCUUGUGAAGAAUGCAAUUGUAAUGGCCAAGCUACAUCAUGUGUUUAUGACAGUUCCGUAGAUGCUGCAAAUCAGAGUCUAAACACAAAUGGCAUAUUUUCAGGAGGCGGAGUAUGUGCUUGUGUGAACGACUCAGGUGGUGUGAAUUGCCGUGAGUGUGAAGUGUUAUUUUUCUUGCCCGAGGGUUUGCAGUUUAGCACCAGUCAAUGUGAACCAUGCAACUGUAAUGAUCAAGGGUCUCGCCGAGUCUCGAAUGUAGUUUAUCUGGAUUGUUUAAGAGAGGCCACAAUGGGCAUGGCUGUUGGCGAUUGCUACUGCAAAACAAACGUGGAAGGGUCAAAAUGUGAUGUUUGCGAAGAUGAACAUUAUAACUUGAGUGCAUCCAAUGCAAAUGGAUGUCAACCAUGUGACUGUCAUCGUCCUGGCACUGUGGGUGCCAGCAAUCUGUGUAGCAAGGACAUGAAUGGUCAGUGUCCAUGUAAAAACUUUACAACUGGAAGACGGUGUGACGAAUGCAAAGACAAGUUUUUCAACCUUGAGAUGGGGAACACACUAGGUUGUACUCCAUGUGACUGCAAUGGUGGUGCAUCAUUAAACGAAGUUUGUAACAAAGUUGAUGGAAAAUGUGACUGCAUUAGUCAUGUCACUGACAGACAGUGUACAAGACAGGGUGUUGAUUUUGGCUUCUAUUUUCGAGGCGUUCAUGCCAUUUUUACGGAAGGUGAAAGUCAAGCUCAAACUUGGAGAUUUUCAUCAUCAGAGUUUGAUGGAUUUUCAGGCAGAGGCUAUGCUGUUCUGAGCUUGGGAGACUCCUUGUCUCUUACCUUAGACAUUCCUAUUGAUACUGAGUAUGAUAUUUUGGUCAGGUAUUUAUCAUCUGUUGGUACUCCAACUCUGACUGGACAAAUAGCGAGAGGGACUGAGAGUCAUUCGCUUUCUCUUGUAUCGACUACGAACUUGUUUGGAAGGCUCGGCCGUGUCAAUCUCUCCAGUCAAGGAACAUACGAUGUGACUCUCAAUGUGAUAAAUCUUGGCGGAGAGAUUCUAAUUGACUCCGUUAUUGCUGUUCCUUUGAUAUUCUCUGACUCAUCUGUUCCAACAUCAUUGGGGUCUGAUUAUUCGCAGUUUCAGACAGACUGUCAAGCGUUAAGUAACAACCUUCUUACUUCAAGUUCAUUCUGUCAAGAUAGUGUGUUUACUCUGAGCACGGAAUUGUAUCAUGAAGUGUUUGUAUGUGAAUGUAACAUCACUGGUAGUGUUAAUGACAACUGCAACCAACACGGAGGGCAAUGCAGCUGUCAACCAAAUGUUGUAGGAAGGAUGUGUGGACAGUGUGUUGCUGGUCACUACAGUUUAACUGAAACCGGUUGCAAGAGUUGUGAGUGUGCCAACUCAAAUGCACAUUGUGAUGAAAUAACUGGGCAGUGUGUGUGUGCUCCUAACACUGGUGGUCGUCAGUGUGAUGCCUGCCAACAAGGAUUUUUUCGCUUUGAUGCAGUUGUUGGAUGUGUUGCCUGCAACUGUGUUGCUGCUGGUUCUGUGAACGAGAGCUGUGACCAGACAUCUGGCCAAUGCAGCUGUUUGCCUGGUGUUACUGGCUUGAAGUGUGACGUUUGCAAAGAUGGAUUCUUUAGUUUGACUGCAGCUGUUGGU